UGAUUUUGAUCCGCCUGUUGAUUCUAGUAGGCGCAGCGUUAGCAUUGGUGCAGGUGUGGCUAGAAAUGGCGGAAAAUCACUAUUUCAUGCACAGCCGGGACCCAGCACGCGACAGAGAACAAUCGAUAAUGUGGAUUGGCAGAAUAAACGUCGUUGUAAUACCUUUGUUGAUUGGAGUGCUUGUUAA